AUGAAAGCGAGUGCGCCAGCUUUACGUGGAGGCAUCUCAUCACAGACUCAAGGCAGAUCCAGUCCAGUGCCAGACACAGGUUGGGAAGCCUACACCUGGAGACACUGGUGCGUCCUGGCUGCACUCCUCCUACUCAGCGGCGGGGUCGUGCUAGCGGUGGCCGUGCCCUUAGCGUCCCGUCGCACUCAGGUCGAUCCUGAGGACACCCUCGCUCGCGUCCACAGGAUAUUGAGUAAAGUUCCGCUCAUCGAUGGCCACAACGACCUCGCGUGGAACAUCAGGAACUUCGUCCACAACAAGCUGGAGAAAGUGGACCUGUCGCUCAACCUCAGCACAGUGGAGCCUUGGGGGAGUUCCCAGUGGUCGCACACAGACCUUGCACGCAUGAGGCAGGGCAGGCUCGGCGCACAGUUCUGGGCGGCCUACGUUCCAUGCGGCGCCCAGUACCUCAACGCCGCGCAGGUCACGCUCGAGCAGAUAGAUGUAAUCAAACGCAUCAUCGCCCGAUACCCGCAGCACCUCGGAUACGCCCAGUCCUAUGCCAAAUUAUGGGCAGACUCGUCCCUUGCAGAUUCCCCCGGGCACCAGGCGGAGAACUUCGGCCUGAAUGACUUUGGAGCGAAAGUCGUUCUGGAGAUGAACCGCCUCGGGAUGCUGGUGGACCUCUCCCACGUGUCUCAGCAGACCAUGAGAGAUGCUCUGGCCGUCUCUCGCGCCCCCGUCAUGUUCUCUCAUUCCUCCGCCCACGCGCUCUGCCACCACUCCAGGAAUGUGCCUGACGAUGUCUUAAAACUAGUGCAGUUAAAUGGUGGAGUUGUUAUGGUCAGUUUCUAUAAUUACUUCCUCACCUGUAACGAAACAGCGACCGUCCACGACGUUGUCCUCUUUUCCACGGGACUGAGACUGAGACCAUUACCUGCUUUUAUUGAGUCUCUAGAAGGGACUCCCGUGGGCUUGGAGGACGUGAGCAAGUAUCCACUCCUUCUGGCUGAGGUGCUGAAGGACUCUCGCUGGUCCGAGGAAGACGUGGCCAAGCUCGCGGGGGGGAAUCUGCUGCGAGUCCUGCGGCGGGCGGAGCAGGUACGAGACGAGCUGAGUUCGACGCAGCCCUACGAGGACCACAUCCACCCUGACAAUCUCGCGGGGCGCCAGGCGUGUUGGUGGACGUGA